CGCAGAGUUGGAUGAGUAAUGAGAAGCAAUCAACCGUCUUGCAAUACUAGCAAUGUGUUUUUGAAUUUAUAGUUUCAAAAAUAAUUGUACAAAUGAAAUCUAUUUUAAAAGAAAAGGAGCAUACAUAAACAACCUACAAAAGAUAAGUGAAUGGUAUUUUGCAAAAUACAGAUAAAACCGCAUUUUUAGAAGAAACACUUGACAUUUUAAUUUUGCUUACUUUCAAACCGUCUGUUUAAUAUGUCGCCAUAUUUAUUCUCAUCGGUCUGAUUUGAAAUGGUGGUAUUAAUGCUAACCUUUAAACUUUGCGGUAUAAAGACUGUUUACCUUUGAUCUAUGUAGUGCUGUUCAUCCUCAUACUUUGACCUUCAUCAUGGUGUUCAAUGGCACGGACUCGGUGCCACGUGAGCAGACGACAGGUGUAUUUAGAGGAGGGGCUCCCCAUUAUACCGUGGAAAACCUAGAUCUGAUGUUUAUUGGCUCCAAAUUAUUCUACCUGCACCGAAGAUACAACAAAAUCGCCAUUAAUCUUACAGAUGUCACCACCACAUCCGCCCCUCCUACCACAGAGAGUCCACAUGCUAAAGACGCUGAUCAAUAUAACCUUUGUACUGAAGAAUCUGACAUAUACUAAUCAGCUGGCAAACACGGAAUCCCAAGAGUUCAAAUCACUAGCUGUACCAUUCUGCGGUUAUUUAACUGACCUAUACUCUACUAGAGACAGAUUUAAAUACAUCUAUGAACUCUGUCAGGUUAUGGCAUUUGUCCAAGAGGGUGGGAAGGAUAAGAUCAACUUCAUCCUACAAUUCAAGGGUGCUCUAGAUCCCACAUUACAAGAAUUCAUUUAUGGAAUUCUAAUCGAAAACGCUCCUAGAGCGAUUGUAAAUGGAGAAAUCUCCAUCAUCGUGGGUCCGCUGGCUGUGUUUGAUGAUUCUCUGGCCAUUAACCAGGCCACUGUCACAUAUUCUUUGCCACCAGAGUCGACCACGCCCAGUUCUCCGUUGACCGCGGCGCCCCUCGUGACUGACCCUUGUAAAGACGCACCAGACAACGCAUACCUCCCCGUUCCCGGAAAAUGUCAUCAGUUCUAUAAAUGUUCUUUUGGAAUUUCCUACAUGUUUGAAUGUCCAGGAAACACUGUAUUUUUCCAGAACAGAAACCAAUGUGAUAACAACGAUGGCACAAUUAAAUGUUAAAUGUUUUUAAAAUCAUCAGAACAAGGCGUUCUUGGUUGAGAAAUCCAUUCUCAUGGACUCAUUUUUUAGUAUUUAUUCAAUUUUCAUUUUGACGUCAUCGCAUCGUUUUUUGUCGUAAUAAUUGGUUUUAUUCUGUUAACGUCUGCUUAUAAGUGCAGACGUGUGCUUUUCAAAUUGGCUUUAUAUACAAGUGUAUAUAUGUAUUGCACAAACUCGUGCUAUUUUUGUUAUGACUCAAAUAUUCUCAUGUUUUACGUCAUAUUCCUUUACAUAAUGGACACAAAUAAAUUAAGAUA